CCGGGGGCGGGGCCCGCUGGGACCGGCGGCAGCGGCCCAGGCUGGUGGAGGGUGCAGCGAGUUGCGAUCGCCGGCGCCCGCUGCCAGGUCAUGCUGAGCAGGGCGUGCGGCCGGCUCGGCUCAGCCCUGCGGCGGGCACGCGCGCCGCGGUCCGCCGUGGCCGGUAGGUGCCUGCAUGCGUCUGGGCGGCGGCCGUCGCCAGGCGAGAGCGAGAGGACGGAGGGACUGCCCGGGGCCUUCGACUUGGCGCUGCUGGAGUUCCUGGUGUGCCCGCUGUCCAAAAAGCCGGUCAGAUAUGAAGCAUCAACAAACGAAUUGAUUAAUGAAGAGCUGGGAAUAGCCUAUCCAGUUACGGAUGGGAUUCCUAAUAUGAUCCCACAGGCAGCUAGGAUGACACAUCAAAAGAAAAAGGAAGAGGAGCAGCACUAGAUAAUAAUUAAAAACUACGACAGCACACAAAACAACCAAAUUUACUUAAUUCCCUCUACCUUUUAAAAAGGGUGGUGGG